CGCUCGAGGUUAGUGCCUCUGGCUUGCCGUCGUUCGUCACCCAGAGCGUGAGGAGACCAUGUGAUCCGCAAACGCAGCCACGGCUCGGGACGGAGUGAGGCAGGAGCGAUGGAAGCGGGUGCGUGCGAGCAGGACGCCUUCGAGGCCAUCGUCAUGGCAGACUCCAGAUUUCAUGGAGAAGGCUAUCAGGAAGGUUAUUCUGAAGGGCUUCAAGCGGGUGUCAUUGAAGGAAGGCAGUAUGGGUUGCAGCAGGGUGCCAGCAUCGGCUUGGAAAUCGGAUCAUACCUUGGUUUUGCAGUGACAUGGCAGAGGCUUCUUCAUAAAGGAUCAGAUGGAAAACACAGGAAAAAGAUAAAAGUACUGGAGUCUUUAAUAGAGAUGAUUCAGAAAUUUCCUCGUGAGGAUCCAGUCUAUGACAAACUUCAAGAAGACCUGGUGAACAUCAGAGGACGGUUUAAACAGGUGUGUUCAUUAUUGCAUAUUCCAUCUGAUUCUAGACUUGGUUCUGAGGGAGCUGCUCUUACAUUCUGAAAUAAGCAUGAAAAAGAAGAAAGCUUUGAUAGGAUCCUCACCAAGAGAAACCUUACAUGGAUAAAGGGCAACUGUAAGAGCUAAGCUCAGAGACAGCAGAGAAUUCUGAGGGGAUAUUGUCCAUGUCCCUGCAAAUAAGAAAGUGUUGGUGCUGUAGCCCUGAGAGCUGACUCCACUACGCCACUGGAUAUCUAUCACUUCUGUUUUCCAAAAGCAAGUAUGAAAUAUCACUUCUAAACACAAAUGAUUGAACUGUGAUUCCAAGAGCUGAAUAUCAACUGGAUUUCAUCAUAUCCAAAGCAGCAACAAGGAAUUUUCAGAGACAUUCAUUCAAACAAUGGAUAAAAGCCCAGAGGCAGCUCCAAGCAAACAGUCGCCAAACACCCAGCACAGCUCAUCCUGCACCAUCUCCAAUGGCUUCUUCUGUGGCAUGGCCUCCUGCUCUUCCUCCUUCUCCUGCUCUCUCUGCAAACCUUUAUUGCAGGAGGGUCGCAGAGGCAGCGGGGAGAUCCCACCCUGGAAAUACUGCUUUUGGCAUUCUCUGUAGUGGAUGCAAUAUGUGCUCUGCUCUGGUAUCACUCAUGGUCAAAUAUGGUGGAAUUGGAUGUAUUGCUCCUGUCUAUAGAAGCACAUUACUCUUUUAAAAGAGAAACGGUAUUGGGUUAGUUCAGACCGCUGGCCCAUGUGCCUUAUCCACUGCACAGAGGUUUCCAGUGGCCUGCUUGUCCCCUCCCAAGGCCCACUCCCUCUCCCAAUGCUAGAGAAAGGCUAGUUUCUCUAGUGCAAGAAAGGAAGCCCCUUUCUUAUCCCCAGUCACUGACUGGAGAUAAGUCUAGAGAUUCCAAUAGAUAGAUUCCACAUUAUAAAAAAGAGUGGAUUCUCCUGAACAAGACUAGACAUUUCUCCAUACAGAAGAAGGCAAGGAAUGAUCGCUCCAUCCUCUUAUUACACAGAGAAUAAACGUUAGAAGGAAAGGGAGCAGGGCUUUUGGGGGAAGGCUUGCCCCUGACAUCAUCCUGUCCCUGGAGGGCAAGCUGAAAAAGCAGUUCAGCCCUUUCCCAAACCCUAGAAAGGACUGGGCUACCCACCAAACUGGAAGUGCUUGGAUCCCUCAGAGAAACCAACACAAUGACUAGUAGGGUUAUAUUGCAAGAAACUCCAGCAAAGGCUGUUGGCUGAGACCUGCCCAGUCCAAAGGAAAAGAGUCAUGGCAUCUAUAAGGAUUAUAGUAAUGGCAAUAACAUGGCUCAUUUAUGUGGUGAGGCGGCCUAGAAAAUGGUCAUAGAGACAAGGGCCUUUGAAGGGCUCUCAUGGCUGAGGCAUAUCCUCAUGUCCACGCUGCUGCUUAUCUCGGAAAGGAUGACUAUCCCAUCCCAAAGAGGAGAACAGAGGAUCAUCCACAUGAUUGAAGCUGCCCUCCAUCAAGUCAAUGCCUAGAUGGUCACCACAAUUUUCCAAACUUGAAUUAUGCUUCCAAUGAUAAAUACUGCUGUUGUGCUGAUCUGAACAGAAAGAGCUGCUUGGAGAAUCAGGAAUAUGAGACAUGGAAAAAGGGUUGGCACAUUCCAUUUUCUCUUCCAAAAAGGCAGAAGCUUUCCUCAUGCCAUAAUCUCUUCCACAGUGAAUUAAAGUCGUCUUCAAGAUCUGUUAAACCCUGUGCAGAACAGAUUCUCUCUUUAUUCCCAGUACAGACAGAGACAACUGUGGAAUAUUUGUUUGACCUAAGGAGAUAACUGAAGUGGAAGUUGUCAUAGACUAAGAAAGUUGUGGGUGAGUUUGCAUGUCACAAGAGGCAAGGGUGUAGACUUGUCAUGAUUGGUAGUAACUUAACUGGCAGUGGCAUAGUGGUUAAGAGUGCAGAACUGGGUGACUUUGGACCAGUCCUGACACUCAGUCCAACCGACCUUACAGAGUUGUUAAUGUGAGGAUAAGAUUGAGAGGAAGAGGAGAAUUAUUUAAGCCGCCUUGAGUCUUCUGAAAGGAAAAAAGGCAGAUUGUAAAUAUAAUAAAUACGUUUAUAAUGAAUAAAUAAAAUUUCCAAUGACUGAGUUCACACAUCAUGGCAAACAGCCCUGUAUGGUUUCCAUGCUGUGCAGUUGUUGUUAUGCCUAGAUGUGUCUGAUAGUGAUCUAAGUGAUUUCUAGACUAGCAUGGCUUCUACCCUGCUUGCCCAGUCCUCCCACUGUUGGCAGGUAUCCCAGCAGCCACUGCACCUGAAAUUUAAUCCCAUGUCAGGACCAUUGAGGCCACAAUGCUGGGUUCAGACAACCAGAAAAAACACAGUGAAAGCAUAGAAUAGACCUUUACUUCUUAUCGUGGUUUCCAAGAAAUGAGCAUACCAUGCUGAAAUACCCUGACAGGCUUUGGAUGACACAGCAGGCCAUCCAGUACAAGAACUCCCUCCUACCCCAGCUUGUUGUCCCAUGCAAACCCACCCAAUCACAAACCCUUGCUGGUUCUGGCUUUUCCUGCCUCCCCAUUCUCCCACUUUCUCCAGCAGCCAGCAGCCCCUCCUUGAGCAAAAUCCCCUUCAGUACUUUAUUGUUCUGUAUCUGCCUCAGCUGUUUCUCUGUUAAGUUUGUCCCUCUUCCACCUCCUGUGUUCAUCCCUCUCUUUAAUGCUCCCUAGUGAAUUCAGACUCCAACACUGUUGUUUUUUUAGAUUAAAGUGAGCCCUUCUGCUGAGAUUCCCUCUUGUCCCUCCAUGCACUUACCUGCUUUUUUCCUUCUUCCAGAAAGUAAACAGGGUGACAGGCACAGCACUUAACUGAGCCAAUAGGAGCAAAGCACGCAGUGACAUGUGUGUUGCUAGGAUGCUGUGGGUGGUAGAGAUUGGAUUGGAGCCCCUUCUGUCGCUGCUCUUUCCACAGGACUCAGUGGCACCUUUUCCCUGCAAAAGGAAAAAUUGAGCUCUCUGCUCUUGAGAAUUGUGCUAAUCCAAACCAUAAAACAGACCAGAGAGGUAGAUCUCUCCACAACCAUCAGAGGAAUGAUACAAACUAAUGCCUGAUUCUUCUGCUACAUCCAUUUCAGCUCCUGUGUGCUUGCUUGUUCCUUGCCCCUUUGCUCCUUGGAAAGAGCCUUAGCAUGCUCAGCUCAGAUGUACUUGUCACACUAAGACCUGCUAGCACUGGUACUGAUUCUGUGGCUGGUGGAGCAAAUUUGGCAGGGAGAGUGGCGCAGUUCAUGUCCCUUGGUGCAGCUCCUUCUGCCUUGGGAUUAGCAUACUGAAACUGAAGAGAUGUCGCAAUUCACAAUGGAGGAUGCUGUGGCUAGAUCUAGCUGUGGCUUCAACCCUGUCACCAGCAAGGCUUUCUCUGGAAAUGUAAUCUGAAAUCUCAGAGAUGGAUUCCUAGAUUUGAGAAACAUAAAGUAGCAGGAGCAGGACUCAGAGCAAUAUUGCUCCAUCAGAUAGAUGAAGGAUUAGUUGUGGCCAUCUAGUAGUGGCUAUCUUGUUCCUGGAACAGUGGCACUUCUUAAAGGAGAGUACUUCUGCCAUGGGUCCGUAGUGAAGUCUAAAAGAAUUAACUGCCCAAAGGAAAAUUGCCAGCAGAGAACUGGGGAAAUGAGUGUUGUGAGCUGAGUACUCCCUCCCUGCAGUAACAGACUCACCAGCACGUCUUGCUAUGCAUCUUUAUUGUCCAUAUAAGUCUCUGAGCAUACACAAAGUGAAAAGUUGAACCCUCUCUGCCCCCCUUCACCCAAAGCUUUGCUUAUGAAUCCUUCUGUGCCUGUCUCAGGAGGGAUAAGCGCUUUGGAACUGGGCAUGCCUGCAUUUUUCUCUGUGAGAUCCCAACUGGGUCACCCUGCAACUGUGAAGACACUUUUGGGUCCACCUCUUCAGGAGGCUGGAGUUCUUCAUCUGAUAAGACUCCCCAUAGCUAAAUCCCUCCCCCCCCCCAGAUGUUGUUGUUCUUCUUCGUUCCCACGGGCAGGUUGACUGGGCCCCUCAGCUGCCCUUGAAUUAAUCUCUCCCAUAGCAGGCACAGGCGGGUACCCAGGGCCUUGGACUGCAGCUGGAGCUGUGUCCGUUUCAGCAACCCUCUUGUUAUGAGAGCCCGAGCUGUCAAUCCUGCUGGGAUCGGCCAGCUCCCCUUCAUACAGCUCAUUCUCAGAGACUGAGCUGUCAAUCCUGCCAAAAUGGUCGGCUUCUCGUGCACACCUGGGAAUCUUGCCAGAACAUGCGUGCAUGACAACAGGUGAAUAGAAUGGAAAAUAGUUCCUUAAGCUAAACAAUUUAUCCCAGUGCCACAGUCUAGGAUGUGGGUGGCAGGAGACAAGACAGAGGCACCGGGACCAGGGCAACAGAACCUGAAACCAGGCAGAAUCCAAACACAGUCCAAUAGCAAGGCUCAAGUUGUAAUCAUAGAACAGGCCAAGAUCAGGAACCAGGAAUACAUAUCAGUACAAGACGAGGAAGCAGUCAUGAACAAACCGAGGGUCGAGAACCAGGAAGACAAGCAGGUGCAGGAUGAGAGCCAGAGUUCAGGAGCAGCAAAAGUGGGCAAGGAAGGCUAAGUAGCAAGGCAGUGAGACAGGCUGAGGCAAGGCAUGGUAGGAUAUAGCAAGGGUCAGCAUGCCGAUAUGGCAAGGCAAGGCAAGAUACACUGCAUACGUCAGGCAAGAUACAGGAGCUGAACCAGAGUUAGCAGGAUGACCUCCAUUGCUAAGGCAACAUAGCAAAGCAGGAUGCAGCACAGCAGGAUGGAAACGAUUGGGCAAGACACAGGAGCUGAACUAGGCCCCAGCUUGCAGGAAGCCAUGCAUUGCUGAGACAGCACAGCAAAACAGGAUACUGCAUGGCUGGACAUAGCAGCAAACAGAUGCAGCAAGGGUCAGGCAAGGUGCAGAAGCUGAACCACAGCUAUCAGAAAGACGUGGAGUGGGACAGCGAGGCAGGAUGCAUACAGCAAGAUGGGCAAGACACAGGCAAGACGGAGGCACUACAGCAAACAGGAAGACCUGUGCUGCUGAGGGAAGAGCUUACUCUUAUAUAGUCCAGAGCUUCAGACUGGUGAUGGUCAAGAAGCUGAGAGCUUCAGCAGGGCCUGGGACUAAUCUUGAAAAAUACUAAGAUGGGGAUUCUGGUCCUGGCCACAGGUGCCCUGGGGGGCUCAGAUCCUAACAUCCAGUAAGGUAUUGUGGAAAAACAGAAAUAUAUCCAUGCUGUUCUCAAGGUGGUCAGAAGGGAGAAGCUGCUUUCCCCUCCUCUUUAGACUAAUGUAGUAGCUUGACAGCUUACUAAGAGGAAAGGGCAGUAGUACCAGCUCCCUGGCUAGAGCUCUAGAUGGUUCCAAGGUUUGCUUGCAACCUCCCAGGUGGAGAAUCCUUGCAUGGGACUGCACCAAGACAGGAAGGGCUGGAGGAUAUUAUCAGAAGCUGGUACUGGUGGGGACCUGCUGAAGUUCCUUUUGCCACAUGUUCUGGAUUCCUUUCUUGCUGUCACUGCUUGCUGACCUGUCUUUGUGCAUUGAACAGUACCAUGUGUGAAGAGACAAGAAGUCUACUCCACGUGCCUUCUGCUCCUCCUCUCAAUGGUAGAGUAGGUUGGGCCCAAAUGAAAGUGCCCCGGCAGCAGCAGGGUGGGUUGAGCUUUUACUUGGGGAAACAAUAUGGACAUACCAAGAACCCCCUGCCAGAGGUAUCUUGCCCAAGCACCCCACCCAAAUAUGGAAAUCGCAUUGGGUUAACAUAUCAAGAUAUGCUGUAAUUUUUGAAGUCAGACAAAAGAAUGUCUUAAGAACAGAUGAAAGCUGUAACUUGAGAAGUGCCCCCAGUACACAAGACUGACCCUGUCACCUCACAACCUUGACUCCUGUUUGCUCCUAGUGUUGGAGAACAACAUGCAGUAACAAAAACUGAAAGUGCAUGCAGUUCAGGUGUGACCAUUUCUUUCCAGAUACCCUUAUAUUAUCAUUCAAGACCUUUAUAUUCCCAUGCUCAUGUUCUUUGCUACACUGUGGAAGGUGGUAGACCAAUCAGCUGAUCAUGUCCGUUGCAUGAAAUGGGAUGUAAUUUAGUAGAACAUGCUUUGCGUGCAGUUGCCAGGUUCAGUCCCUGAUAACUUCAGAGGGCUAGAACCACUCCUCUUUGAAAUCCUGGUGUCUACAAUUGUUGCCUAGGUAGAAAGUAAUCUGACUUGUAAAGCUGGGUUCAUAUAACAAGCAACACUAAUAGUUCUCCUUAAAUCAUUGGUUGUUGUAAAAAUACGGUUGCAUUGUAUAAACUUAGCCACAUGGUUCUAAGCAACCCAUAGUUUGUCAGUUGUGAAUUAUGGGUCAUUGAACAACCCUUGCUUUAUUAGCACAGCUUGGUUCAACUCACAUUUCAGCAACCAAUGAGUUGAGGAUUAACUCAUACACAACCUUGAAUGUGGCUUGUUGUGUUGUGUAAACCCCUCCAAGGCACCUCUCCUGUGUUCCCAAUUGUGAUGAAAGGCAACUUAUGGCCUGUGACGUUCUCCUUUGUAUUAGUGGACUUGGAGAACGGCUGUAUUCCUGUUUUUGGAUUUUUCUUGAUUUUGGCAAGUGUGAGUUUCAUUUGUGACUCUUACUCAAUGCCAAAAGUAUUUUUGUCUUUAUGAAACAAAGACAAUAACUCAAUUAUACUUAUUCCUGAAUCCUCCUAGAAAUAAAGGGUAUCAGUUGGCAAAUUGAUGGUUCAUCAACUCUUUAAGUAUGAACAAAAACAACACAGAAUGCAAGCAUUGGGUUUGACAAAUUUAUUUCUAGACUUUUAGGGGAGGUCAUUUUUUUUCAUUUUCAUUUGAUGGAAAUUUAUCCGUUACAGGUCUGUUGGUGACAAUGUGCAUUUCAGACCAGUGAUGUCAAUAAGUACUAUAUAUAUAUGUAUAUUACAUACAUACAUACAUACGUGUGUGUACAAAUCUGAAUUGCUUUGCUUUCUACAGAUCGUUAUAACAAUGUGACAAUAAAGCAUCUCUGUUGGCACGUGAA